AGUCCAGGGACUUUUGUUGUAAUAUUAGAAAAUAUAUCUAUCUUGUAAAGGGUCCACGUAAUCGCAUAAAGGUCGGCUUCUAGUUGUCAAUCGUCAUUAGCAUUUGCGUAUUGCGGAAUCAUCGUCUUCCUUCCAUUGUCAACUUGAUCGUUUAUUCUUCCACUUUCCUCCGUGACCCAGUCUACACACACCAACCCUUCACUAUUCUCCACUUCUCCUAUAUCAAUCCACAUAUUCCAUGAUUAAACCAGUUUCUACACGCUUGAUUCAAAUGUAGUCAAAAGCCUCUCUAGCCAAAGAAAUGCGCUUUCGAUAAGUCGUUAACUUUAUAUAAGAUGGAGAAAUCAGCACAUACAAUUUCAGUUCUCAUUGCUUUAAUCAUAGUUCUACAAGGAGUAGCAAGAACAGUAGGUGAACCCCGAUCGCAAAUAGUAAAAACGGAAUGUGAUCAACAAAGAGAGCACAAUCAAACACUUUUCGUCCCAAACUUCAUUAACGUGAUGGGACGAAUUGGCAACCAAAUGCGAACUUCACUUAACGGAACAGCAGUCGUGGGAACUGGACCCGACAGUAACUACGGACUUGCCCAAUGUUACGGUGAUCUCACUUCACAAGAUUGCGUCAUAUGCUAUUCGGAAGCCCGUACUGUUCUUCCCAGCUGCUUUCCAAACAACGGUGGUCGAAUUUACCUCGACGGUUGUUUUAUGCGAGUACAGAAUUACAGCUUUUACCAUGAGUAUACCGGGCCUAACGACACGUAUGUUUGUGGGAAUACAACUAGAAAGAAUACAUUGUUUCAAGAUACGGUAAAACAGGCUGUGUUAAACGCUGUAACGGAUGCAACAAGAAGUAGUGAUUACUUUGCGAGGGUUCCGUUGCUGACAGCUAGUCGAAAUGAGUCAGUGUAUGUGCUGGCACAAUGCUGGAGGACGUUGAGUCCGAGUGCUUGUAGGGCGUGUUUGGAGAACGCGUCUGAGACAAUAACGAAAUGCAUACCAUGGUCCGAGGGCCGUGUGUUGAACACGGGGUGUUUUAUGAGGUAUUCGGAUACUGAUUUUUUCAAUCCUAUACCAGCCGCAAGCAACUCUAGCAAUAAAGGGAAGAUAAUAGCUAUUGUUGUUUCUGUCGUUAGCGCUUUGGUGGUGUUAACCGUUGCAUUGAUAGUUGUUUUGUAUAUCCGGAAACAUAGAUAUAUACAGAAGAAGAGAAAAGGGUCUUAUGAUGUCAAGAAACUGUCGAAGAUGCUUAACGAUAGUAGCUUAAACUUCAAAUACCUUACUGUUGAGAAAGCCACAGGAAAUUGGGACGAGUCGAAUAAGCUCGGACAAGGAGGAUUUGGGACCGUCUACAAGGGGGUUCUUCAAGAUGGAAGAGAGAUUGCGGUGAAGAGACUUUAUUUCAACAACAAAUUCAGAGCGGCAGAUUUUUAUAACGAAGUUAACAUGAUUAGCAGUGUUGAACAUAAAAACCUGGUUAGGUUGUUAGGAUGCAGCUGUUCGGGACCUGAAAGCAUUCUUGUAUAUGAAUAUCUACCCAACAUGAGCCUCGACCGCUACAUUUUUGAUGCAACAAAGGGGAAGGCGUUAAACUGGGAGAAGAGAUUUGAGAUUAUAAUUGGUACAGCAGAAGGCCUUGUUUACCUCCAUGAGAACACCAGAUGUCGGAUAAUUCACCGAGAUAUUAAAGCUUCUAAUAUCUUAUUAGACUUGAGGUUUCGCGCUAAAAUAGCUGAUUUCGGGUUGGCUAGAUCUUUUCAAGAUGAUAAGAGCCACAUCAGCACCGCCAUUGCGGGAACACUAGGAUACAUGGCUCCGGAGUACCUAGCCCAUGGUCAGUUAACCGAAAAGGCUGAUGUCUAUAGCUUUGGCGUUCUGAUUUUGGAGGUUGUCACUGGAAUGGAAAACAACAAAAGCAAAACCACAGAAUAUACCGACAGCUUAGUUGCUAUCGCGUGGAAUCAUUUCCAGCAAAAUAAGGUGGAGGAAAUAUUUGACCCGAACCUAAUGAUGCAUAUAUAUCCGAACAUCAAUUACCAGAAAGAAGCUAUAAAAGUGGUACAAGUAGGACUUCUUUGCACUCAAGAAGCUCCAGAUUUACGACCAUCUAUGUCAACUGUACUCAAAAUGCUAGCAAAAGACGACGAACCUUUACCCCUCCCGGCUAAUCCGCCUUUUAUAGAUGAGAAAACUAUGGAGCUCAAUAACAUCCCACAAAAAUCGCAACAUUACUCUUACAGUGAUAGUUCUAGUUCCGUUGCUACUGUCGACAAUAGCCAUUUCUUCCCGCGUUGACCUUAGUUUGUUAUCAAAAUCAAUGGUAGGAAAGAGAUCUUGUCUAUGGAAGAAGGAAGAUUCCGAUAUUUUUUUGUAUUAUAUAUCAUAUUAUUAUUUGUUUGCUUAUUGGUUUACACGAUUUGUCAAAAGGGUACUUAGUCACAUUGUUUAUAAAGAUUGAUAAUACAUAGGUAUUAUUUUUGUA